GGCUGUAUGUACCGAGUAGUUCAGACGACGGGACCAGAUGGAAAAAACCUUCUGAAAUUACUUCCAAUUUCUAAAUCUUCUGGAACCUUUGUGCCAAUAGUUCAAUCUUCGGCCAUGCCAAAUAAUUCUAAAGCGAAUAUUCCUAGUCCAGUCCAUCUUACUUUUAAGACACAGCUUGCCAAUACUACUGCACCUUCAUCUGUUAAGAUAACUCAUCCUGGAAAGAUUAUUCUUACAACGACAUUAGACAAACAGGGAAGUGUUAGGGCAGGUUCUGAAAAAGAAAGCUCAAUUCCAAAAUCAGCUGCUACCAUCCAGAACAGUUGUAUUUCAGUUGAUAGACUGUCUUUGCAGAACAUUGCUGUAACAAGUUCAUCUGACCAGCGUAACACCGCAUACAUGUUGGUAAACACACACAGUCUUCCAGUUACUGUGAAGCCUUCAGUACUGCCUUCUGGCCAUCACCUCCAGAUACCAGCUGAUGCAGAAGUUAAAUCUGUCCCAGCUUCUUUUUUACCACCUGCAAUACAGCAAAAAAUACUUGCAGCUGCAGCAACAAACGUGGCUGGAGGAGCUGACAGUACAAAAAUGCCAACUGUUAUUUACGUGUCACCAGUAAAAACAGUGAAAACAGUACAUCCCAAGACUUUUCAAAGCAUUUGCCCAAAACCUGCCACAGAAGUUUCAAAAACAUUAAUAAUGACAGCUGCACAAAUGGCAAGUAGUUCUUCUCCUGAGACAGUAACAUCAGAUGGUCAGCAAACUCCGAUGAAAUGGAUUGUGCAAGAAAGUCCACAGUCAUCAACGCCUUGCCUUAUUCCUGUAAAGUCAUCAAAUAAUGUAGCUUCCAAGAUCUUGAAAACUUGGUCCGACAUGAAGGAUGUAGAAGUUAACUCUGCAAAUAUUUUACCACCCUGUUCUAGUGGUCCUGGUGGAAGUCAAACAAAAAUCACAUCUAUUAAAGAUAAUGCUCUGGUCCUGUACAAUGGGAAAGUCUAUUUGUUGACCAAAAGAGGCUCUGAUGUUCUAUCAGCCCAAGCUGACAAACAACAAUCUUCCUCUUCUGAUGCUUCACUUAAAAAGGAGACAUCCAAGCUAAUUGACUCUACUGCAGUCAAUAAAAUAACCAACAAAGUAGUGAAUCUGGUAUUGUCAAAAAACAAAGGAAUGGUGCUGUCUCAGAAAGAACCGAAAACAUCUCAAAAAAAUUCUUCACCAGCUGACUUAAGAAGUGACUUAAAGUCUGCACCUGCUGCUCUGGUGACACGAAGUGCUGAUCAGCAGAAUUCCACUGUAAGCCAGAGAAAGGGUUUGCCCUUCACCGAGAGCAUUUCAAGUGGAGUGACCCCUGUUACAGCAGUAGGGACUCAGGAAAAUGUAUGCCAAAAUGGCAAAGAAAGGAUUCAUUCCCCCAAAGCAGCAAGUGCUGUUUUACCUCAGUCUAAGCAAGAGAGUUCUUUCAGUGAAGACUGUCAAAAGAUCCAGAUGGAUUCACCAGGAAAGGUUAUUCAAAUCAAACACCAGGAGGAGCCAUAUUGGAAACAAUACUUGGAAUUAAGGAAAAAAUUUGGUCUCUCUAAGGAGGAGAGAGUGUACCUUAGGAGAAUACCAUUAAAGACCUCCUGGGAGAAACCAGAAGAAAGGGUUUGUUCCAGUAACAGCUUGAAAAGGAGAAAUUAUUCUUGCAGUUCAUCAUCAUUAGAUGUGGAAAUAACAAAUCAACAUCAGGAAUGCGUUAAAGCAGAAAAGAUAAUUGUGGAUCUGGAAGAGGAUUUGACCCAGAAAAAGAAAAUAAAAUCCUCAGCACUGUCAGACAGUGGAAAGAGAAGGAAAUUGUCAGUCAAAUCAACCACAAGUCCAAGUUCAGAAAACACCAGCUCAAGUUCCAGUGUACUUAACAGAAGUGUUUCACCUCCACCUGUCCUAUCACAGCAAAGUAUUUCCACAGACGUUGUUACAUCUUCUCUAGGGGGGGACUCUGAGCAAGAUCCAUACUCUCAAUAUAGUGACGUUACAGACUCAAGUAUUCCAGUUUUAGUGUCUUCUGAAGAUGGUACUUCAGUUCUCGAAGGUUCUUUCAGAGAUGAUGCUUUCCCUUUGACUCCCCCAGACUUGGAUGAAACAAUACGGGAUGAAAAAAUAAAACGACUCAAGCAGCUCUUAAGAGAACGAGAAGCAGCGCUUGAAGAGAUGCGUAGAAAAAUGCAGCAAAGCUGA